ACCCCCGCGAAAUAGCGCGCUGAUAAUGGUCUUUACGGCGGGGGCGUUCAAAAGACACAGGGCUUCCUCCGCCCCCAUAUGACCUCCCGCCAGCGUUAUUUCCCUUUCGGCCCGCCAAUUUGGCUAGUGCGUUCAUUAUACUUGGCACUGGUUUUCUCCGCCGCUAAAAAAGUAAAGCGCCUCUAGGCCGGGCUUUCAGAAGAGAAAUCUCUGCGUCUGGUUUUCCAGCCCUCGGCAAGCUGUUGGAAAUUUUUCGUUUUCAUAUUUUAGUGGAAUUUUUUCAGCGCUAGAAACAAACGCCCCUAAGUUUACCGCUGCUGCAGAAUUUGGUGAAUUUCACUCAUUGGUCAAAGCUCUGGUAGCCAUGGCGUACCGUCCGUCUGAUAGUAGCGGGACGGAUGAUGAUCUUCUACCACCUCACUUGAACCGAAUGCCAAGAGGAGGGGAUCGGUCUGGUGCAAACAUGAGGUUUCCUGCUGGAAAACUAAUGAAUAUACAAAGUGAUGCUGAUAUGGAGGCUCGUAUUCGCCGGGCAGAGCAAGAGGCUUACUGCGCUGUCCUUCGUGCUUUUAAUGCUCAAUCUGAUGCUGUUUCCUGGGAGAAAGAGGAGUUAAUCUCAGAGCUGAGAAAAGAACUAAGAGUUUCUGAUAUGGAGCACAGGGCACUGCUAGGGAAAGUUAAUAGAGAUGAUACGCUGAAACAUAUAAGAGAAAAUCGGCAGGGAACAUCUAAUCAACACAGAUAUAUAUCCGCUGUACCACACUCUGCUGUGAAGACACUUGAUUCUACGGUUUCAGCAUCUUUUAAAAAGCAAAAAAUCUCACCUAUGAUGGCCUCUUUACCUCAAGCAAUUUUACCUUCUACAAUGCAUGCUGCACCGGGAAAAUUGGCAUCUUCAGCAGCAGGAAGAGGAGUGGUUGGGGGUGGGAGAGGAAGGAAAUCGAAAGGGUCAGUGGAUGUUCGAUGGGAUUGUGAUGGUCCUUUAGAGAUGAGUCGUGGAUCAGCAGGACACAAUGAAAAGUUUCUGGCUAAUAAUGGUGGUAGAGGAAAGGGGUAUCCAAAGGGCCAAGGUGCAAAUGGAUAUGCAACUUUUCAAAACGGUACGUUCAGCAAAAAGCCUGAGAACAUUGAGUUACGCGAGACAGAUAAGCUCAUUAAAGAGGUGGAAAGAGUCUGUAGAGAUCAUCCUGAUCCUUCUGUUGUGGAGAAUGCUAAGAUGGCACUAAGAGAUCAAGAACAAUCACUCCUGGAAGCAAUUAAAAGACUGGAAUCAGACGAAGAAGAUUGUCAGAUGCCUCAUUCCAACCAUACACAUGCUAACCAAGAAAGAAUGUGGAGAAACAGGCAAGUAAAUGGAAAUGGAGGAUAUAACAAAGAAGACAUAAGUGGAGGUCGUAGGGCUGGAGGUUCAAACAGAAAUCCCAUGGUUGAAAGUGGUGGUAUUUCCUCUGAUGAUCAGCAAGAGGAUGAAUAUGGUGAUGAAGAUGGUUAGGGUAAACAUGAAAUUGCUUGUUUUUACCAGAUUAGCAAUUCAAGUUUUCAUUUAAGCUUCAUGCCCAAUUUGAGACGAGAAAUUUGUUUGCGCAUGUUGGGCAGUUUUUUUGAAGCUAUUUCUAGAGUCUCGGGCAUAUGGAUACCAUUCCUCGUUUUAGUUGGUUGGCUAGUGCAAGCACUGCAUUUUUUUUUAUCCUGCUUUCCUAGAAAGCAUGGCUGUAUAUCUAUGAUUUUACUGCUUUGCUCCUUUAUGCAUUUUUUGCUAGAAUAAUUCAAAAUUUUGGUGUUGCUCUCCCAAGGCAUGGAAUACGGAUUAACUUGCCUUUUAGCUACAGUUUUAAUAUGGAUAUUGACAAAUAUUCCUGUAAAUCCAACUAACUUGUAGGAGAGGACUCGGUAAUAGACACCUUUCAAUCCAACUGGGUUUUAACGUGGAAAAGGUCUCGAUCACAAAAUUUGUCUUGUGAUUUGUAUCCUCUGGGCACAUAUGGGUAUGUCGAUUUAUUGGCUUACUUUUGUCUUAUAUCUUACCUCUUGGUAGUAUGUUUUCCUUGUUUACUGGGGGCAUCCAGGAAAAAGGGCUGUAAUGGGCUGCUUAUUGUUUCAACCAAUUUGUAUGCAAGAAUUUAUAGGAAUUAUACAAUCUGUAAUUACUGUUGUCUGAAGAAGAUUGUUUUUCAGUGAUAAGAAGCUUAAUAUUAUUUUAUUUUUCUUA